AGUACUAGGGACUAGGGUUAAGAAAACACAGAGAGAGGAUGGGAGCAAAGGGAAAGAGAAGGAGAGAGAAAAAUUACAGGGCUGCUCAUGGUGACUACAGUGUUCUCCCUCCCCCACCUGAUCCUUCCCAACUCGAUGCUUUACCCUCCAAACUCCGCAAAAUCAUGUCUUUCACUCAACACCAUAAUGGGGCUUCUGGGUUGUCGCAAUGCAUGCAUAAAAAGAAGAAAAACGAUGAUGGGCAUGCCCAAAAUAACAUCCCUUUGAAGGACAAAGGUGAUGUUGGAACUGCAGAUGUCAAACAGGGGGAUACUAGUAGACAAUUGAAGGCACCUCAACACACUGAUAGUGGUGAUGAACAACUUAUGCAAAGUAGUGCAAAUGAUAAGAAAAAGAAAAAAAGAAAGAGAAAAGAGGUUAAAGAUCUCAGGUUUGCAAUGGAAGUGGAUAAAACGAGCUCCCAAUUAAAAAGACGGGAGCGUAAGAAAAAGUAUUUCGAAGCUAAAAAGAAGAAGCAUAAAAAGGCACACGAAGAAGAAAAACUGGACUUUCCUGGACAUGAAAAAAUAAAAUUUGGAGAUGUAGUACUAGCCCCACCAAAGUUAGCUUUUACUCCAAAGGCAUUCAAGAAUGCUCAAGAUGCUUCACAAGAGAGACUUCGACUCCGUGCUAUAGAGGAAUACCGAAAUCGCAAAGGAUGGACUUCAAGACCAGGAAGUCACCAUCCACCUCCACUCACUACAGACCCUUAAAUCAUUUACAGCAUGUUGUCAAGCAUGAGGGAUUCUUGUCUAAUAUAGCUUCAGGUUUUAGUUUUCAGAUUAUGUAUUGCAUGAACAAAGGAGAGGAAAUCAAUAUGGCUCUUACAUUUUUUCCUUGGAGAUGGUUUUUCUUCAUUCAGAUCCAAUGACACACUUGUACAUGUGUGGGAAUUACAGUAUGAUCCAUGAAAAGCCAAUAACUGAGCUGAUAGGAAUAGGAUAGCUAACUUUUGGCUUUCAACUUUGCUCUAACUGGAAAAUGUAAAC